UAAUAUGAAAAGGGAGGAGGGAGGGUGGAAUAAAAAAAUGUGGGAGUCAGUCGGAAACAGUAUGGGCAAGUUGUUGGCGAUGGAUAGCAAAAUUUAAAGGAGGAGGAAUCGGGAUUCGAGUCGGUCCAUCAUCUCUUCUUCUUCUUCUUCUUCUAGUCUCUUCUCUUCUCUUGUCUUCUCUUUGCUCCAUGGAUGAAGAUGCGUGUGCAAUUAACAGGCAUUUCUUCCUAGGAGGAAUACUACUAGUGAUCUGAUGAUGAUGGAAACAAGAGGAAAUUCCAAGAUGAAAUUUCCGAAACAAGAGGAAUACUACUAUAAUAAUAAUAAUAAUAAUUUUGAUGCAUGCCGGAACAAGAGGAAAUUCCAAGAUGAAAUUUCGGAGGAGCUUCCUGUGGCAAAACACACCUGCUUGUGUUUGGAUAUCUCUUCUUCUUCUUCUGCCAAAGAUAGCAACAGCUUUUCCGAUGACGCCCCCCCUUCAACAUCCUCAUCCGUUAAUUGGUGUGAGGAGACAAAGACAUGUGAUGACAUCACUUUCUACGAGGAGGAGGAGGAGGAGGAUAAUUCUGAAUUUAGUAGCUCAAUGGAAGAUUUGUUUUGCUCCAAUGCAGUCAUUUCAAAUAAUUCCGUGCUUUCAUCAGGAAGAUGGAAUGUCAACCAAGAUGCUGCUGCUGCUGCUGCUGAACAAGGAACUGAGAAGCUCACCAUUGAUAAAGAGUUUGAACAAUAUUUUUCAAUGCUUAUGCUCUAGGUACUCACUCUACUUGAUUAAGAAGCUUUUGAUUGUAAGUAACUGAUUAUUAUUAUUAUUAUGUAAAAUAUUAUUAUUAUUGCUUCUAUCUUGAGUAGUUAGUUAUGCUUCCA